GUUGCUAACAAAAUCCGUUUUCUUACCCAAAAAGUAGCUGAAAAGAAGUUGUCUUUUUUGUCCCUCUCCCCCUCCCUCCCAUUUCCUCCAAAAUAUCCGCCAUGGAAGUACCUUGAAAAACCCUAAGUAAUUUCCUUCACAUUCCUCUUUAAAACCUGACUGACCACCCAAUGGGUUCUCUUGUACCCUUCCAAGACCUCAAUCUUUCCCCAGAACCUCCCCAAACCAUCAGCGUCGAUACCCCCCCGUCCGUGACCAGCACCAGCACCAUCACUUUCUUAACACCCAAAAUUGAACCCAAGCAAGAACCUUUCGACGAACCAGCACCAACUCAGACCAACUACAGGCAAAUAAACACCCUCUUUUCUCCUUCCAGUUCUGCCCCUGAGUUCCCUUCUAAUCUCGAAUCUACCCCUCUGUCUAACAUUUCCUCUUCCACCGAUGACCAAAACGCCCUUUACUCCGAAUACUUCCGAAUCUCCGAACUAUUCCGCUCGGCUUUCGCCAAAAGAUUACAAAAAUACGGUGACAUCGACGUCCUCGACCCAGAUUCCCGGGCCAUCGUGCCCUUGCCCGAAGAACAACGCGAACCAACCUCCGAAACCUCCCCAAUUAACACCUCCAACCCUGACCGAGCUCUCUCCGUCGUCGGUUCACGUCGCAGGGCCGGAAGAUCCAACGAGCUGGUUCGGGUAACUAAUUUGGGAAUCGAAGACGAGAGGCAUUUCCGGGACGUUGUGCGAAGAACCCGAAUGAUGUACGAUUCCCUCCGCAUUUUGGCCAUUUUGGAGGAAGAAAAGAGGAAGGGACCGGGGCACGGGAGACGGGCACGUGGCGAUUUGAGAGCAGCCGCGUUGAUGAGGGAGCGAGGGCUGUGGUUAAACCGUGAUAAGAGAAUAGUGGGUUCAAUCCCAGGUAUUGAAAUUGGUGACUUGUUCUUUUUCAGAAUGGAGCUUUGUGUGAUGGGCUUACAUGGACAAGCUCAAGCCGGGAUUGAUUACUUGCCUGCGAGCCAGAGCUCGAAUGGGGAGCCAAUUGCCACCAGCAUUAUUGUUUCAGGUGGAUACGAGGAUGAUCAAGAUGCUGGGGACUUGAUAAUUUACACUGGUCAUGGUGGACAGGAUAAGCUUUCACGGCAAUGUAUGCAUCAGAAGCUUGAAGGAGGGAAUUUGGCACUAGAAAGGAGUAUGCAUUAUGGAAUUGAGGUAAGGGUGAUUAGAGGGAUUAAAUAUGAGAAUAGUGUUUCCAGUAAAGUUUAUGUUUAUGAUGGUUUAUAUAAGAUUCUUGAUUGUUGGUUCGAUGUGGGGAAGUCAGGUUUCGGGGUUUAUAAGUAUAGGUUGUUGAGAAUUGAUGGGCAACCCGAGAUGGGUAGUUCGAUUAUGAGGUUUGCUGAGAGUCUUAGGACUAGGCCUUUGUCUGCUAGGCCGAUGGGGUAUUUGAGUCUUGAUAUUUCAAUGAAAAAAGAGAAAGUUCCGGUUUUUCUAUAUAACGAUAUUGAUAGUGAUCAUGAUCCUAUGUAUUAUGAUUAUCUUGUGAAGACUGUGUUUCCUCCAUAUGCAUUUGGUCAGGGGAGUAAUCGUACUGGAUGUGAGUGUGUUUCGGGGUGUACGGAGGGGUGCUUUUGUGCUAUGAAGAACGGGGGUGAUUUUGGUUAUGAUCAUAAUGGUCUUCUCUUGAGAGGGAAACCAGUGAUAUUUGAAUGUGGGAAUUUCUGUCAAUGCCCUCCAACUUGUCGGAACCGUGUUUCACAACAUGGGUUGAGAAAUAGGUUGGAAAUAUUUAGGUCAAGGGAAACCGGUUGGGGAGUCAGAUCCUUGGACUUGAUACAAGCUGGUGCUUUUAUAUGUGAAUAUGCAGGGGUGGUUCUCACAAGGGAGCAAGCGCAAGUUUUCACUAUGAAUGGCGAUACGUUGAUUUAUCCCAAUCGGUUCUCUGAACGAUGGGCAGAAUGGGGGGAUUUAUCUCAGAUAUUUGCAGAAUAUGUGCGUCCAUCAUAUCCCUCAAUUCCACCUUUAGGUUUUGCAAUGGAUGUAUCAAGGAUGAGGAAUGUUGCUUGUUAUAUGAGCCAUAGUUCCAGUCCCAAUGUACUGGUGCAGUGUGUGUUGUAUGAUCAUAAUAACUUGAUGUUCCCCCACCUUAUGCUUUUUGCACUGGAGAAUAUCCCUCCUAUGAGGGAGCUUAGCAUUGACUAUGGUGUGGCUGAUGAAUGGACUGGGAAGCUCUCUAUUUGUAACUAAAUAAUUUAGAGGAGGUUUUUGGAUUUUGAUGUGGUGCAGCAGGGCAGUGGGACAUGUCGGACUGAGUUCUAGUUGUCUGCCUUUUCAUCUGUUUGUAGGUGAUAGGAAUGUUAUUCCUUGUGCAACUUCAUGCUGUACACAUCAAGUAGUCAACCAUAUACAGGAGGAUGGAACUUUUAGCAUUUACACAGUGCUCGAUGAAUCUUAUUUCUGAUGCAGUUGCUUAUCUUCUAAGUAUAUGUUUGUUUUCUUCAGUGCAGUGUACUUCUUUUAUGUAAUAUAUGUGGUGUUCUAGUCUACUAGUCUGAAGUAAUUAGAUGGGUCUUUUAAUUGUUUCCUACAUAUCUUUUGUUUUGCCUGUUCAAAUUUACUAUUUAUGUCUGGCUGACUUCUAUCAAAUGAUUCUUUUUAAUCAUUCCCGCUCAUAAAUUUUAAGAACCAAGGAAGACAUAAAGUUGUUAUUUGGUUAUUUCAUGAUUGGAUAUUUCCUUGAUCUAGCCAAACCAAUUUAAGUUUGAUUGAUCCUUCUGUUCUUGUACUCUUUUUGGUUCUGUCAUUGGAUUCUUUUCCU